UUUAUUAAUAGUAAAAUUCUUAUGCUUCAUAUACUUUUUCCAAUGAAGUUAUUAUCAACACGAAACUUUAUUAAAAACUUAUUUGAUCAGUGAAAGCGUUGACCCCGCGUUUGACAUUUACAAUUUACUUUUAUUUGUCAAAUUCAAAUGUUUACACAAUAAUAUUCGUAAUGGCGAAUAGUGUAUAUCUAAAUGUUUAGGAUUUUUCCGGAAAUUAUAUCGUAUUUUUGUGCUUAUACUCUUGUUUAGUGUGAUUUAUAUAAAUGGUGAACUGAUAUGGAGACUUGCGUAAGAGGAUUUUCUUUUAUGUCCGAUAACAAAAUUGACUUGGCCGAUUUGCAGUAUAUUGAAGGCGGCGAACUAGAGAGGGCGUGGCGGAGCUCGCGCCGGGAGCGCAUGAAACAACGCGAGCAGAAAAUAUGGGACAAUUUCGUCAAGGAACAGGAUAUCGUCAAAGGAGUCUGUAAUGAUGACCCUUACCAGUUUUUGGAUCAGUUACCAGAAUCUUGUCUGAAAGAAAUAAUGGAACAUGAAUUGAUGAAAAUGACUCAGGAAACUGAUGAAGACCUUAUACCGAAGGACGUGGUCCAGCAUCCCAGUGUAGACAACUCCUCAGGAGACGAUGGACAGCACACUUGUGUGGUGACGUUCGCUGAUGACGUAGACGAGAAGGAAGACUGCGAAAUGUUCCAUAUUUUUGAUGAUGAACCUUCAGGUGAAGAAGAAGCCACGAAUAGUAAUCCCGAGCCGCCCGCCAGUCCGCCCACAGUGCGCGAGAUAUCUCCCUCUGCUAAUGAGUCUCCAGAAAGGCGGCUUAGCCUUGAAAAAACUUCCAGUAAAUCAUCAGAGAACGUGACAAAUGUGAUCGAGAGCAGCAUCUACUGCGCCAAAGUGAGAGAUCUUAGAAUGAAGAUCAAUGAGGAACUAACAGCUUUGAUGACGACACUAGACCGUCGCGACAUUUUGUCGGCUGAGCCGGACGACAUCGCGCGUAUGAUCAAGCGCUCCACAGAGUUCUGCACGAGAUUCAACAGGAUCUACAUGUAUCAGUUGCAGAGACAGAUCCACGAUAUAAAACGUAACAACAGCCAGAGCCUGCCGUUUGCGAAGCACACUCAGUUCCAAUCGCAGAUGGUCAGGAUUGUGUCACUGCAUCAGAACAUGUUGCAGUCGUUUCAGGUGUUCCACAAGUCGAUAUCAUCAACAUGCUGUGUCCGCGAGAGUGCAGCCAGCCUGGGCUCGCUGCUGGCGGCCGUGCGCGACUCCACGCACAUGUGCCGCGCAGUGCCGCCGCCCAAGGACUUCGCGGCCGCUGUGGACUUGUAUACUGAUGAAAUGGUAACCACGUGCGACAAAUUGGAUGAAUUUGUUAACGAAUACGCACUCCGAUGCGAAGAGUUUCUCAACAGUAUUGAGAAUAUGAAUAUAAGAUAUUCGAAGAAAUCAGCAAAGAAUAAAGGGAAGAAGAGAUCUUUGGGAGCCAUGUGGAACAACAGGAGCAAUGCCAAGACUAGUACAGACAGCAAAUUAUCAAUGUACUCCUUGGACACGCUGAGGCUCAAUCUGAACAGUAAGUCUUCUACCUCCAAGGAUAACCACACCAAUUCAAGUAAGCGCGGGAGCAAUGGGACCAGUAAUCUGAAACGCGGAGGAAUUGAGAAACACUCUGACGGAACAAAAACACAGAGAAAGAUUUCAGUACCAAAUCGCCUAGUUACCUUAGUGGCAAACGCGGCAGCCGAGCGCAAUUCUAUGGGCAUUCCAAGGUCCCGUCGUCCCCUGAUGCGGGACCCGCAUGCGGGGCGUCCGCGGGCACCGAAACCCACGCGAGAAACUGAUAUACGUACCAUGGUAGAAGGCGUUGAAACGUGUGCAUCCUCCCACGUGAUAAUAAGUCGCGAGGCGAGCCCGCACGGCGGCAGCACGCUGCGGCGCAGCAAGGCCGCCACGCCGCGCCGCGCGCCGCACCACACGCCGCGCAACGCCUCGCACACCUCGCAGGCGCCGCAUACCUCGCAGGCGCCGCAUACCUCGCAAGCUCCGCACACCUCGCAAGCUCCGCACACCUCGCAAGCUCCGCAUACCUCGCACGUGCAACACGCGCAAGCGUCGCACGAGCACGCGCCGCACGAACACGUGCAAGCCGUGCCGCAACACCCGCAUGAUGCUCACAAAAAAAGCCAACCAUCUCCGAUGCCAACGAAGCGAUCUGAGGAGCCUUCUCCAAAGCCAAAGGCCCGGCCCAAAACUCCAAAGACUUCAGUCUGCACAAAAGAGUGUUUAAGUUCCACCCGAACAGACCUCGAGACUGUGGACUUGAACCAGAUGACGCCAGUGUGCAAGAUACAAUGUGCCAUGAAGAAGGAUCUAGAAGUAGAUGAUAGAGAAUCCGCGAAUUCUAUGUCGCCUAUGAUGUUAGAGGAUUCUGGUGAGAAGAAAAAGAACUCCCCCGAAAGAGUGCAUUUGAAAUCAGUGCACAAGAUCAACAGCUCUAAGAAAGACACUGAUGACGCGAACAAGUAUGGCGAAUGCAGUAAGAGGGAUAACUCUCCUAGGAAGGUUCCCUCGCCCGCGCCGGCUAGAAACAGGGAGCCAGUAAGCGAGAGGAAGGAACGAGAGAGGACGGAACGAGAGAGGACUAAGAUCUCAAUGGCACCAGAUCGUUGUGAAGUGACCAGAUUAAUCAAACAGCUAUGCAGUGGAGAUGCAGGAGGGGCUGAACGUUUAUCCGGAGCUAAGAAUGCUCAGUUGCAGUACGCGAGUGGCAACAGUCCUCGGCAACCGAGCACACCGCAGCUGCUGAGAAUACUAGAAGAGACAAUCCAAAAGAAGGUCCCGAAGCCUCUCUUCCAGAAGCAACCAUCAGCCCGAGGGCUGGAGCGCCACCGGCUCCUGUUCAACAUAUCGGAGAAGACCUCGGACUCCUUGUUCCAGUAUCGCACCAAGUUCGUGCAGCAUAUGCUGACCAGCGCCAUGUAUGCCAACAGCGCGGUUGGAAAGCCUUGGGAGAUGAUUGGCAGUAUAUCCGAACAAAUUAUCGACGAGCUCCUUCUAGGCUGUCUGAAGGAGAUGGAAGUUCGAGAUCUAGUGGUCCAACUGUACAAGACAGAGACGCGUUGACGCGAAACCACAUGUGAUAGACAGAGACGCACAGUGUGCUCACUGACAAUUUGAUAUAUUUAAUUUUUAAUACAUUUGUUUUUCUA